CACUCAGCUUUUUCGAUAAACAAAAAAUAAGCCAAAUUUCCUUCACAUAUGGCGGACUUACGUGAUGAACAUGGAAAUCCAAUUCAAUUGACUGACCAAUACGGUCAUCCAGUGCAGCUUACUGAUGAAUAUGGUAACCCUAUGCACCUUACUGGAGUUGCAACCACUGCUGGAUCUACUGUUCCAACUACUGUUCAUCCCACCAGCACUGGUCCUCCAUCAGUUGGUGAAAAAUUGCCAGAAACGGCUAGCUAUGCUGCUCCAACAGUUGGUGAUGAGAAGUUGCCACACGGUACUACUGCUGGCACCGGUGCUACAACUGUUGGGGAGAAGUUGACACACACUACUGGAGUAGGUUCUGCUGGUUUAGCUGCCGGUGCUGCUGGAUUAGGUGUUGGUGCGGGUACUACGAAAGCGGAGUCGGAGCAACAGCAACAAAAGGGGCUUUACCGCUCCAGCAGUUCAAGCUCUAGCUCGUCAGAAGAUGACGGGCAAGGUGGGAGGAGGAAGAAGAAAGGGCUGAAAGAGAAGAUAAAAGACAAAUUAACAGGUGGGAAGCAUAAGGAUGAGGAACCACACCAUCACGGUGCUGGCACCGGAGCUGGAGCUGGAACGACGACGACUACAAGUGCCAUGUCGACGAGUACAGCUCCAGAGCAUGAGAAGAAGAGUAUGAUGGAGAAGAUCAAGGAGAAGUUACCUGGUCAUCAUAAUCAUCACUAGAUCCAGUAGAUAGCUAUAGCUAGUUAAAUGGAAUGAUGAAAUAAGAACAUAUGUUUGUUGUAUUUAUGUCAUGGGACUCUUUGAUUGUAUUGUGGUGGUAGCAAGUUGCUUGUGAACAGUAUAACGUUGUAGCGUUUGCUUGGUUGGUCGUAGAUCAGUGGUGUAAUUGGUAAAAUUGGAGUCUUAGUUUUCUUUUUCACGGUGAAGGAUUUUAAUGGUGUUCAAUUGAUCUUUCAGUGGUGUAAUUAGUAAAAUUGGAGUCUUUAGUCUUCUUUUUCAUGGUGAAGGAUUUUAAUGGUGUUCAA